UUAUAGAGUAGGUAUACAGAUAGUGGAAGAAAAGACCUUGAGCAAAUCUUAAUAUGGUUGAGAGACAUGACGGAUCGUCUUCAUUUCACCAGUGCGCUAAACAUGUGGUCGUUGAAAGUAGUGGUAUCUCUGGUGGUGGUAUGUGCCGUUCUGGUUAUACAGGUUUGCAGUCAGAAUUAUCAUCCAAAUAACCAACAAAGUAACCGACAGACCAGCAACUAUGUUAGGGAUGUUCCUCAAGUACCUCAUUCUAGUGCAAAUUGUCCAGAGAAAAAUGGAAGGUUUCCUAGCACAACAUGUGAUGGUUACAUAGAAUGUAUCGAUGGUAUAGCAGAAGAAAAGACUUGCCAAGAUGGACUGCUAUUCAACCCAGCCGCUGGAAUAUUCGCAUUUCCUUGUCAAUAUCCCAUUGACGUAGAUUGCACAGGAAGAGAGCAAACCCAACCCCCUCAAUCAACUGAUGAUUGCCCCCACCAAUUCGGAUACUACCAAAUGGGGGACGCACAAAAUUGCGGUCAAUUCAAGAACUGCGUUGACGGAAGGGCUUUUGUUUUCGAUUGUCCUGAAGGUCUAGCUUUCAAUGCAGACACCUACAGAUGCGACUGGCCCGAUAUGGUUCCAUCAUGUGACUCUGAAGCCUUUUUGGGAUUCCGUUGUCCUCCCGAUGCCAGAAGCUUCGGCCUCGGCCAGGAAGAAUUCAGAUUCUUCAGGUCGCCGAGAGAUUGCCAAAGAUACUUCAUUUGCGUGGAUAACAAACCGAGAUUGUACAACUGCGGGGAAGGCAGGGCCUUCAACGAUCUCACCAAUGCUUGCGACGGCAUCGAAAAUGUUACCGGUUGUGCGAUCCCCGAGUAUCAAAAUAGGGGGAACAGACCGUUAUUGUAAAUAAUUAUGAAUAUGUAUAUUUAUAUUGAAUAAACUGUUAAGUUUU